GUAUUCCUAUGGCUUUUCCCUAUGUUCCCUUCUCCGAAACCCCUCUAUACCCUCCAAUCUCUCCUAUAUGUUAUUCACAAACACACCCUUUUUCCCAAACAAAGCUUCUUCUCUCAAAUUCACUUCUAAGUUUCUCUUUAAUAUUACUUUCUUCAACAAUGGCUACUUCAAGAAAAUCCAACUUCAAUGAUCUUUUGCCACUUAUGGCUGAAAAACUAGGUGGGGAUGGUUUGAUUGGUGAAUUAUGUAAAGGGUUUCAAUUAUUAAUGGAUAAGGAUAAAGAUGUCAUUACAUUUGAGAGUCUAAAAAAGAAUUCUGCUUUGUUAGGGCUUCAAGAUUUGAGUGAUGAUGAUCUUAAGAGUAUGCUAAAAGAAGGUGAUUUUGAUGGAGAUGGAGCUCUUAAUCAGAUGGAAUUUUGUGUUUUGAUGUUUAGAUUGAGUCCUGAAUUAAUGGAACAAUCUCAGUUUUUCUUAGAAGAAGCUCUUAACCAAGAUUUUGACUUUUCAUUCUAACUUUUGUCUUUAUUUGACUCUUUGAGAUUGUGACUUUGCAUUGUAACUAUUCAACUUUUUACUUCCUAUAAUGUAAUACAUUGCAAACAUAUAUAGAGAAACAAGAAUUAAUGGCCAUACUUUCUUGAAUAUUCAUACUUGUAACUUAGAGUAAUAUAGUUGAUAUUUUGGGUAAA